AUUCAAUUUAGUUGCCAAUUGACCAAUUAAUGAUUUUUAAAUUCCAUGUAUUUAUUUCCAUUUUUGACUCAUAUAGACUAUUAAAUACCGCAUCGCUCCCGUCUGGUCCCCUUCCCCAUAUUUCAAACAUCUCCAGAUCCUCAUCUUAUCUUGAGAUCUCCCUCUCCCCCAUUCUUCAACCAAAUCAUGGCUCCCAGCGCUGUCCAUUUCACGGGCGAUGUCCCCUCCAAGCUGGCCACCGCCGCCAAUGCGAACGCGGCGUCACAAGAAAAAGCAAAUAUCGCCAGCCACACCCCCUCGCAGCGCUACCUAAGCACACGCGGCGGGGAAUACAGCCUCUCCUUUGAAGAUGUCGUCCUCAAGGGCCUCGCAUCCGACGGUGGUCUCUUCAUUCCAGAGGAGAUUCCCUCUUUACCCGCCGACUGGGAGUCCGCCUGGAGCGACCUCUCCUUCGCCGACCUCGCCCACGCCAUCCUCUCGCUCUACAUCUCGCCGUCUGAGAUCCCCUCCGCCGACCUGAAGGAGAUCAUCGAUCGCAGUUACUCCACCUUCCGCGCCCCAGAGACCACCCCGCUCGUCCCGCUGGACCAGGAGAAGAACCUGUACCUGCUGGAAUUAUUCCACGGCCCAACCUGGGCGUUUAAGGAUGUUGCGCUGCAAUUACUGGGAAACCUGUUUGAGUACUUCCUUGUGAGGCGCAAUGAGGGCAAGACCGGAAAGGACAGGCAUCAUCUCACUGUCGUUGGUGCGACAAGUGGCGACACCGGAUCCGCCGCCAUCUACGGUCUGCGCGGCAAGAAGGAUGUCUCCGUCUUCAUCCUGCACCCCAAGGGUCGCGUCAGCCCAGUCCAGGAGGCCCAGAUGACCACCGUCCUCGACGCCAACGUCCACAACCUUGCCGUCGAAGGCACCUUUGACGAUUGUCAAGACACUGUCAAAGCCCUCUUCGCCGACCCCAUCACCAACGCCAGCCAAAAGCUCGGCGCCGUCAACUCCAUCAACUGGGCCCGCAUCCUCGCCCAAACAACCUACUACUUCGCCUCCUACUUCUCUCUUCAAAAGCGCCUCCCCGCCUCCGCAAAGCCGCGCUUCGUCGUCCCCACCGGCAACUUCGGCGACAUCCUCGCCGGCUACUUCGCCAAGCGCAUGGGUCUCCCCGUCGACAAGCUCGUCUGCGCAACCAACGAGAACGACAUCCUCGACCGCUUCUGGCGCACCGGCACCUACGAGAAGAACCCCUCCCACUCCCCCUCCGCGACCGAAGGCCUCGCAGUCGACGGCGCAAAGGCCCACACCGAUGGUGUCCGCGAGACUCUCAGCCCAGCAAUGGACAUCCUCGUCUCCUCCAACUUCGAGCGUCUCCUCUGGUUCCUCGCGUACGAGUACGCCUCCGGCGCCGGCAUGGACGACGAGUGGACCAAGCAGCAAGCCGGACAGGAAGUCGCAGCAUGGCACGCGCAGCUCAAGUCCGCGGGCGGCUUCUCCGUCAACACCGAGAUCCUCAAGUUCGCGCAGCGCGAUUUCGACAGCGAGCGCGUGACGGACGCCCAGACUACGGUUACUAUUGCCGAUUUCUUCGACAGUGCGAAGUACGUCCUCGAUCCGCAUUCUGCGGUUGGUAUUGCCGCGUCGCUGCGUAGUAUGGCUCGCGCGGAGGGGGUGCCGCAUAUCUCGCUUGCGACUGCGCAUCCGGCAAAGUUUGCGGGCGCGGUGGAGGUUGCGCUUAAGGACAAAGAUUUCGAUUUCUCGAGCGUGCUGCCGGAGGAGUUUGUUGGUCUCCAGGAGAAGGAGAGGAGGGUUACGGAUGUGCCUGCUGGUGCGGGGUGGGAGGGCGUGAGGGAGAUUGUGGUGAAGCAGGUUGAGGAGGAGUUGAGGGGGGAGAGGGCGUAGGUCCUGGAUGGAAGAGGGGGGUUAUAGAGAGAGAGAGAGGUUACAUAUAUAUGCUUACUAGAGCGGAGGAGGGGAUACAAAGAGAGAGAGACAGUCAGUCUGCAGGACUAUAAACUACACACACGCAAACACAAACACAUACCGAGAUUUGGGAGGGGUAUCUAAAGUAGCUGCUCGGUCUACGUCAGAUAAUUGGCGCAAUUUUGAAUUUUUGGGUAGAAUAUUUGCUUGCAUAGGUCUUAUCUAUCCAUGUGGCUCUUCAACUUCGCACUGGAGACGGGAAUGGCGAGGAGAGAGUGGCUGAACAUGGGAUUGGAAAGGAUAAUGACUGAAUCAUAUUGGGUGGCCUAUUUGGUAUAUACAGUACAUAUAGCAGGCAUAGAACGCAAGGUCAUGAGUCCUCGCAAAUACUACAUUUUUCAGGUGCACCAUCAUACGCAUAACUGCUGCUAUCAAACAUCGGUCAAUCCACGCUCAGACAUCAAUCACUCAAGAUCAAACAUCAACAACCCAAA